UUAAUAGUUUGUCCAGUUUUAGAAAUGGCGUAAAAUCACAGUGCACCUUUUCAUAACAAAGAGACACCAUAAAAACGGCUAUAAAAAUAAGGAAUAUCACGAAAAAUAUGACAAGACUGGAAGAUGAAGAUGUAUCCUUCCACUUGGGAGAAAUGUUUGAUAGUUACGAAGAGCUAGAACAUAAGCUGGAGAAAUUUUCAAAACGUAGUCUAGUUCAUUAUUGGAGAAGAGACAGCAGAACCGUUAGUGGAGCUCAUAUGAAAACUGCUCGUCCAAUUAGUGAGCGUUUAAAGUACUAUUCUGUAAAAUAUGCUUGUAUUUAUGGUGGACAGAAGUUUUUACCACGUGGAGCUGGUAGAAGACAGUCUCAAUCGAUAAGGACAAAUUGUCCUGCGCAUAUUAUGUUAAGAGCUUCAAAAGAUGGCACAAAACUAGAAGUGACUAGUGUCAAUAAUGAACAUAAUCAUGAAAUUUCUGAGGAAUUAUUUAAAAAUCUUCCACAAGAAAGAAAAUUAUGUGGCGAGAUUAAGCAAGAAGUACAAGACUUAAUGCAAUUACACAUAGACCGUAAGAGAUUGAAAGAAUAUGUGAAGUUAAGAACAAACAAGGUACUUAGAUCCAAAGAUUUAUUCAAUAUAGCAGCAGCUAAUAAACAAAAAAGAAAUAUAACUCCAGAAAGAGCAUACCAAUUAUUUAAAAAGAUUCAUGACAUUGAGAAAAUGCAGGGAAGAGACAAUGACAAAAGAACAUAUUCAGAAUCUGAAGAUGAAAUUGCACAGUCAAUAAAGAAGAUGAAGAAAGAUCAAGAAUCUCCUUGGGGUCAAGAUAGAUUACCAACUGAAAUAGAAGUAAGUGAGGGGAAUGAUGGUGAAGAUUCCUACAGUGGUCAAUUAACGCAAGAAGAAGUAGUAGAUGAAAUAGAUGCAACAGAUAGUGAAUUAUUGAGAACAAAUAAUGAUGGAGAUAUUAUAGCUGCAAAUGGUGAAAUUGUUGGAGAAUUGGUAAUGCAAGAUGGAGACCCCUCUGUAAUAGUUGAAUCCAUUGUGAACGCUGAUGGUUCUGUUUUCGUAGAUGAAAGGGAAUUCAAUACUUAUUGCAACAAUCAUUUGUCACAUACAGUUGAUGACAGCCAAUCAUCCAAUACUAGAGUUUUAGGCAUUGAAACAAUCGCACCCACUAAUGACAUAGGAAAAAUAAAGGCAACAUCCAUGUCUCCUAAGCAACAAACCAGAUCCCUUAGUCCACAACCACAGCAACCGACAAGGUCACCUAACACAUUUCAUGAAACUACAGAUUCUAGAAUUUGGAUUAUGAAACAAGCUACAAAUGCUGAAAUGGAACAAGAUAGUGGACCUGAAAGCGGAGAAAAUGGUUCCAAUUCUGCGACUACCGAUAAAGCGGAUAUCGACGCAUCAGAAGUAAUACUGUCUGACGAAGCGAGCCAUCAACUACUUCGGGAACAGCUGGCAGUGCUUCGAGCAGAAAAAGGAAAGCUGUAUCAUGAGACUGAAAUGCUAAAACUAAAGAAAGACAAGUUAAGGUUGCAGAUAAAUUGUUAUUCGAAUGAGAUACGAAAACAAGAAAUGGAGAAGGAGAAAUUGCGUCUUGAAAUAAAAUUGCUCCAAUCAAAAGUAAUGGAGGACUCCAAUGAUGUGUCUCAUUAUAUUUUUGUGCCUUGAAUUUUAAUCCGCAAGCGGAUUGAUUGUAAAAUAUGUCGCGAAUAAACCUAUGGCGCUUCUUUUACACUGUGUUCUCUUUUAAAGUAUCAAAUUGUACACAUAGAAGCAGAAAUUCAGUCCUGCUGAUAUGCUUAGCAAUAAAACACAGCUAUUUCAUUUUAUUUUCAUAUACUAAGUUACAGAAAUAAUCAUACGUUUUGUAUUGUCGGUAUCGAAUUAUUGAUAGGAUUAUGUACUCGAAUAAUUAAGUAUUCAGUUAAUAUGAUUGUCAUUGAAAAAUAACAGUAUAGUACAAUAAAAAUAAAAAUAUAAAUUACCUAUCGGUUGAUAGAAGGGUAAUCGAAAAAUAAGGAGGCUAUCGAAUAUUUGGUGUUAUUAUAAUUGUUAUAAGAAUACAUUUCCAAUUUUGUAAACAUUUUUCAAAUGUAUUUUUAAAUAAGACAGUGAAAAAAGUGCUAUUAUUGAUGUUUAACAAUUUUCUAAUGAAAUAUGUUUGAAUGAAUUUUUUAAUGAAAUAUGUUUAUGCUCCAGGUAAUUUAUGCAUUCGUAUUAGAACAAAUCUUUCUAAAAAAGAGGACAUUAUUGUAUAAAGUAUUCCAUUAAGUACAGCGGUUAAAUAUAAUGUA